AUGGAGUACUUACAAACGGAAAGUAAAAGCUAUUCUUGGUUAAUGAUUGAUGGAAAAGGGUGUUGGAGGCAUGCAAGUACAACCUCGGAUGAAAGCAAUAGUUCCAGUAGUACUAGAGUUCCGUCAGAAAAAGCAACCGAAUGCAAGUACGAGUUUGAGCAGUUACCCGUUGAUCUCCAGCAACCGAAUCUCAAUGUUCAUGAGAAAAAUGAGAAGAUGGUCAUGGCAAUGAAUUCGGAGAUGAUGAGGAUGAAUUGGAAGCCAAAAGAACUGAGACCUUUGGAACCUCAGAUUCAGAAAAAGAUACUAAAGAAGUCAUACCAUGAAUAUACAUGCAGGACUUGUAGCAAAACAUUCCAAACUUUUCAAGCUUUGGGAGGUCAUAGAUCCAGCCAUCACAACGAUCACAACAGUACUAAAGCUGCGAAGACAUCGAUUGAGAUAGAAUCAAAAAAGGAUAUUGCCAAUCCCAUGGUCCAAGUUAAAGAAACGAAGGAGUUGGGAGAUCAUGAUGCAUCUUUGCACAGAUGUAACAUAUGCUACAAAGGUUACCCUACGGGUCAAGCUCUUGGUGGCCAUAAGAAGCGACAUUGGGCGGUGGCACGGUCAGCAGAAUUAGCUCGAGCAAGCAGUGAAUUAGCCAAGGCUGAAGACAGUAGGAGUACAGCUGCUCUUACAUUUGUACAGUCGCCAUUGCGAGAUGGAGCAACUGCUCAGGCUGCAGGUCGCAAAGUGCUGCACUUCGAUCUCAAUGAACCAUAUGUGGAAGAGGAUUAA